GGCAUCUAGCUCUUCGCGGCGGCUGCGAGGGGAAAAGGAGCGCGGGGGCUGGGUGGAACCGAGGAGUGAGGAAAAAGGGAAGGGAGGGGGAGAGGGACAAGGGAAGGCGGCGGGGGGAAUCUCGCGAGGGUUGGAGUUUUGGCGAGAGUUUGUGGAAGAUGGCGCCUGUUGUGACAGGUCAUUGAAAUUAUGAGACUCUCAUUCAGAUGGAAGCAUUAUAGUUCUUCGGAACCAUUAUGAUCUCAAAAGAAAAGGAGAGUGAUACAGAUACUGGCUGAGGUGUUUUGAGGUGCAUCGAAGUGUUCCAAGCUGUGACUUAACAUGUUCUUGAAGUACCAUGGCGUGGAUUAAAAGGAAGUUUGGUGAGCGGCCUCCACCUAAACGACUCACUAGGGAAGCUAUGCGAAAUUAUUUAAAAGAGCGAGGGGAUCAAACAGUACUCAUUCUUCAUGCAAAAGUUGCACAGAAGUCAUAUGGAAAUGAAAAAAGGUUUUUUUGCCCUCCGCCUUGUGUUUAUCUUAUGGGCAGUGGAUGGAAGAAAAAAAAAGAACAAAUGGAACGCGAUGGUUGUUCUGAGCAAGAGUCUCAACCAUGUGCAUUUAUUGGAAUAGGAAAUAGUGACCAAGAAAUGCAACAGCUGAACUUGGAAGGAAAGAACUAUUGCACAGCCAAGACAUUAUACAUAUCUGAUUCAGACAAGAGAAAACACUUCAUGUUGUCUGUAAAAAUGUUCUAUGGCAACAGUGAUGACAUUGGUGUGUUCCUCAGCAAACGGAUAAAAGUCAUCUCCAAACCUUCCAAAAAGAAGCAGUCAUUGAAAAAUGCUGACUUAUGCAUUGCCUCAGGAACAAAGGUGGCUUUGUUUAAUCGACUUCGAUCCCAGACAGUUAGUACCAGAUACUUGCAUGUAGAAGGAGGUAAUUUCCAUGCCAGUUCACAGCAGUGGGGAGCAUUUUACAUUCAUCUCUUGGAUGAUGAUGAAUCAGAAGGAGAAGAAUUCACAGUUCGAGAUGGUUACAUCCAUUAUGGACAAACAGUCAAACUUGUGUGUUCAGUUACUGGCAUGGCACUCCCGAGAUUGAUAAUUAGGAAAGUUGAUAAGCAGACAGCAUUAUUGGAUGCAGACGAUCCUGUGUCACAACUACAUAAAUGUGCAUUUUACCUUAAGGAUACAGAAAGAAUGUACUUGUGCCUUUCUCAAGAAAGAAUAAUCCAAUUUCAGGCCACUCCAUGCCCGAAGGAACCAAAUAAAGAGAUGAUAAAUGAUGGAGCUUCGUGGACAAUCAUUAGCACAGAUAAGGCAGAGUAUACAUUUUACGAAGGAAUGGGCCCUGUCCUUGCCCCAGUCACUCCUGUGCCUGUCGUAGAAAGUCUUCAGUUGAAUGGCGGCGGGGAUGUAGCAAUGCUUGAACUUACAGGACAGAAUUUCACUCCAAAUUUACGAGUAUGGUUUGGGGAUGUAGAAGCUGAAACUAUGUACAGAUGUGGAGAGAGCAUGCUCUGUGUCGUCCCAGACAUUUCUGCAUUCCGAGAAGGUUGGAGGUGGGUCCGGCAGCCAGUCCAGGUUCCAGUAACUUUGGUCCGCAAUGAUGGGAUCAUUUAUUCCACCAGCCUUACCUUUACCUACACACCAGAGCCAGGGCCGAGGCCGCACUGCAGUGCUGCAGGAGCCAUCCUUCGAGCCAGCUCAAGCCAAGUGCCCACCAACGAGUCAAACACAAACAGCGAGGGGAGUUACACAAACGCCAGCACAAAUUCAACCAGCGUUACAUCAUCUACGGCAACUGUGGUGUCCUAACCACCGUCUUUUUGCUAGGACUUAAACUGACCUGAGUGCAGCAAAAAGUUGUCAAAAAAAGGAGAGAAAAAAAUGAACAAUCUUUUGUGGUUUCUUGGAAAAACUUCUUCAUACCAAGUGAUACUAUUCAAAAACCCCAUUACCUGCAAGUGCUGAUUUGAGAUACAGAAGCCACAGUAAAACAAAACAAAACCCAUCAAAAUGUACAAACUAUUGGAGAUUGAGGUUUUCAGCUGUUUUUUUGUUAUUGUUUGGUUGGUUUUUCUUUGGUUUUGUUUAAAUGAGCAAAAAAUAGAUACAUGGCUGGUAUAAAAGUUAAGCAAACUAGAAGACACAAAUUAACAUAGUUUUUAUGGACCAAGGAACUUAUAUAAGCUUUAUUAGUAAAAGGUACAUUUUCACCAUACCUUUUUUUAUAUCACAGUAUAUAGUACAUCUUGUUACCAAAUAGGUUGUUCUCCCCGCCCUCUUUGAGCUUUUGCUCUGAAGUACAUUCAGGUUCCAAGCUUGACCAUGCUUGUUUAAUAAAUUACCGUAUCCUUCCAGGUUCUUUUGGUCUAAGGCUGGAACUUUUUUUAAAAGCUGAAGUCUUAUGACUUUUCUUGAGUUAAAAUUGUUCUGAUUUCAGCAAGUCAAAUCUUGUAAAGGCCUGCAUAUGUUUUUUAAGAUUAUAUGAAGUCUGUGCAAAAGCUUUAAAGACAAUGCCUCUGCCUUGCCUGCAAUACAUGCAAUGUACGUUAACUUAGUCUCCUUCUUUAGUCACUGUUGGCAGUUAUUUGUGUUUUCCUUUUAAAAAAAAAAAAAAAAUGUAUUUAUAGUGGUAAUCCAAGAAAUUGUAACAUUCAAAUGGAAUUCAGUGUGGCCAUGUAGUCAUUAAUGAGUUAAUGGCACAGAUAUGUUGGUAUUUGAAGUGUCCUCUCCCCUUUCCCAUACAUAAGACAUUUGUGUGUUCCAGGAUUACUUCAGUUUUCCCUUCCUCCUAAUGUUGUACAUAACUUGUAUUAUGUGUAAGUUAAACUUUGGUGUUUUUCUUUGUUUUUGUUAACUUGGAAUGCUCCAGUGAUUUCAUUCAGCAAGGUGUCUUCUGCCUUGUUGGCAAAUGUUAAAAAAAUAUCAUGAGAAGUAUUUGCUACAAAGUGGUAGAUGGUGCCCUUCCAGUAGAAUGAGGAAAAUCUCAGCAAAAUAUGUUGUAUUAUUGUUACUUGUUGUUUUUGUUUUGGUUUUUUGCCUAGGCCAGAACAUCAUUGUAAUCUUAAAACAUAAAAUGCUUUUAUUAGGUAGGUGGUCAAGUAGAAUAGCUGGAAGACAGUACCUUAGGGAGAGAUGGUUGGAAGUUUAUAAAAAUGGAAAUGUAACUUACAUUUCCAUUUUUCUUCUGGCUCUUUUGUUCUCUCUUCCCCAGUACUGAGUAUCUCCACAAAUGUCCCCCACUUAGGAAGUGUGUGUUCGUUCUCCUUUCAGUUAAGAUUUGGUUACAUUCAGGGCUGUGCACAGCCUUGUGUGCUCGUCUUGCCAGUUUUGCUUCCAUUCCCACACUGUGAUUAUUAUGCCUUUGUUCAGUUUCUUAGAAAUUGCAGCAAACUCAUUGAGCAACAUUAGUAUAGGAACCGUGUGUGUAACAUUACAGGACACAGUUCAGUGAUACAAUCAUCCUUCUUAGAGUAAAAACUACCUCUAGAUUGUGGUAAGCUUUUACUGUCCCAUAAAACAGGAGCCACAAGUACCUUAAGAAUGCAAAACUGUAACUUCUCCAGUGUUCCCAGUGUCUUACUGGUGUCCUGGGCUGUUUUGAGUUUCCUUUAAUAGACUUUAAAAAUCAUUUAUUAGAGGCAUUUUUUUUCAGCUUUGCUAUGUUCAUCACUCACUCCUUCAUUUAAACUAUGCCAUUGUAAAUACUUUUCCUCAUAUCUUUAAAUUGCCUUUUCCUCAAUUUUCAAGGGGAAAGUCAUUUGUAAAACACAUGAGGUGGUUAAAUCAAAGUUACUGCAGUUUUCUCCUACUGCAAGCCUUUUUAAUCACCCAGGCUGCAUUGUACUAUAAAUAGCCUUUUCUCUUCAAAUCUGCUCCGGUUACUCCUCGGGGUAAUCUCAUCCUGCCUCAUACCUUAAAUCGGUUUCAGUGAUCAGGGCAGAAUGCAUUGUGGCCUUAUAUUUCUUUGUGGUAACUGCUCACUGGCUGUUACUUGCAGACUUGCUUAUUUGAGUAGUAUUUAUUCUCUGUUGAGUCCCAGAAGUAGUCAUUACACAGUGCUUUUUGUUUAGUGUGAAGACUUUCUCAGUGCUGCUUGAUUUUUUUUUUUAAAGUGGGCCACAAGUUACCUACAUUUCUUGAUUUGGUAUUUAGUUAAGAAAGCAUAUUAAAUUAACCAUUAACAAAUGAGAUGCUUUUUGAAGAACAAACUAUUCCUUUUUCAGCUUACAGGUCAAAAUAAGUUUUCAAGUUCGUGGCUUUAUUAAAAUGAACUUCUGUGCUUUUAAGUGUUUAUAUCAUUUUAGUUUUUGUGUUUCUUCUAAUAAGAUAAUUGAAAUGUUAGCCUGUAAACCCUUUUCCUGUUUUCUUUUUUUUGAAAAUCCAGGAAUGUACCAAUAUUGGCAGUUCCCCCGUCUAUCUUAUGCCACUCUCAUACCACAGACCGAAGAGUGAGGUGAUAUCUAUUGUAGCUUAUUAUUCAUCAGUAGUUAUUUUUGUCAGCUGCUUUGAAAAAAGUCUUCUUCAUGGUUUUGAGAAUCGUUUUAUCUGAGAGUCUUGCCCUCCUCUUAUGGUAGAGUAUAUUCCUCCACUGAUGAUGGCAUUAUUAGAUAUGUUGGCCAUUUACCCUUACAGAGAUUCUGUGGAAAGGAGAAUGAUUAUUUACAGUAUAUUUGAUUUUUAAAUUCUGUUUUAGAAGUAUAUCUUCUUUUCUCAUGAUUCUGUACAAUUUCUCAAGAUAGGCAUAGAAGCUGAGCUUGUGACUCAACAUGUUUUUACAAGUUUCAUUGCAUUUGUCACAUAGAUUGGGAAGGCAAGCUAAAGAUGCUAAAAUAGAAUGCUCUUUGUAGUUUGAAUGAUUUCAGAGUUGAACACUAGUACAGUAUUUAACUUGCUGCUGACUUUCUUAAACUGUGGCCACUAAAGGCAUCCUCAUCUAGAGUUAACUAUUGAAAUACUUGUCAACUCUUACUGCACAGACUCAUUUUCCAUCAUAGCUGUUAAGUUCUUUUGCCUUUGUUUUUGAUGAAACUGGUACCAUCUGUGCACUCACAGAAAAUUCUGAUGCCAUCUUUGAGAACUAAGCUAACUAGCCAAGUUAACCAGAAAACCCACUGGAGGAGGGGUUCCUUUUUGAAACAAAAUGCUAUUCAGUUACUAACCAAGUACUUUGAUUUCAAAAGCAGCUGUGUUUCUGAUGAGUACUGAACAAAUGUGUGUAACUUUCUGUGCCAGACUUUUGACCUUGUUUUCAAGCACUGUAAUGUGGGAUGGAUGGUUAGAAACAAUAAUAUAUUAGGGUUUCUAUUUAACCCUUUACGGACUGAACUGUAUCUCCUUUCAUUAAUUUUUCCCUGUGUCGUGAUAAAUGUUUGCCAGCAUUCAGUACUGUGUUGGUCCAGAUGUAGUUAUAUAUGCUCAUUUUUAGUUAUCUCUCGUACCUUGCAGCAUGCGCUACACAUUCAGUCCUUAAGGGGUUUAUUUUACAAACUGUGCGCCUGUAAGGUUUAUUAGCAAUAAGUUAGAAAAUCGAGCAAGUUUAUACCAUAAUUUUGUAGAAAAAAAGAAUCUGCUCAGUUCCAUAUUUCACCCAUGAAAAACCUGCAAUACGGGCAGUUUCAAGGAAUAAAUAAAAAAGAAAUGUAAACCAUUGUAAAAGUCUUCUGUUGAAUGUGCCUGAUGCAUGUAUUACCUACCGUCCUUGAUUUCAGAGUACUUCAUAAAGAUAAAAUUAAAUUCUAUACCA